AUGCUUUAUACAAUUGAAAAUCUUUAUAUUCAACCAGCUAAUAAUAAUAAUAGUAGUAAUAAUAAUAAUAAUAUUUUAUUAAAUUUCAUACCAUCUCAACCAUCAAUUAUUUAUUUACAAACACCUAUAUUAUCAUAUACAUAUUCUCAACCAUAUCAAACUAAAUAUAUACUUCCAAUAAAAACAAUAAAUCAACAAACAAAUGAAAUAAAAACUUAUUCAAAUGACUUACUACAAAAAGAAAGAAUAAAAUCUCCAAUAAAAAGAUCUUUAACACCAUUAAAUGCUGAAGAACAAUUAGAUUUAAAUCUUUCAUGUUAUGGUUAUCGACGACAAUUAGUUGAUGGUGAUGGAAAUUGUUUUUUUACUGCUAUUGCUAGUCAAUUAAUAACAUUAUUUAAUCAAGAUCGUUAUUUUCGUAUAGCUAUAAAAAAACGUUUAAAUCUACCUGAGAAUUUAUUUACAAAUAUAACACAAUUAGCACGUACAUUACGUAAAUUAGUUUGUUUAGAAUGGAAAAUAAAUCAUACAAAAUAUAAACCAUAUAUUAAUGACGUUAAUUAUUAUGAUGAAAUACGAAAAUUUCGUUCGGAUAAAUUUUAUUCAUCAAUUUUAGGUGAUAUAUUACCAUUAACAAUAAGUAAUUUAAUUGGAAUAAAUAUUAAAAUAAUAACAAAUCUUAGUCAAUGUCCAUUAAUUGAUAUAUGUCCACAAGAUGAACCAUUAAUAUCAAUGAAAUCUUUACCUGUAUUAACAUUAGCAUAUAAUCAAGAAAAUGAUGGACAUUAUGAUAUUGCAGUAGAAAAAGAAUUUUAG